AUGCCACCAGCAUCCAUUGUCGGUCGACCCCGUCACCAUGGUAUCAUGAUCGGUAUGGGUCAAAAAGACUCCUAUGUCGGUGAUGAGGCCCAAUCCAAGCGUGGUAUCUUGACGCUGAGAUACCCCAUUGAACACGGUGUUGUGACAAACUGGGACGACAUGGAAAAGAUCUGGCAUCACACGUUCUACAACGAACUUCGUGUCGCACCCGAGGAGCACCCUGUCCUCUUGACCGAAGCCCCCAUCAAUCCCAAGUCCAACCGAGAGAAGAUGACCCAGAUCGUCUUCGAGACCUUCAACGCGCCCGCAUUCUACGUCUCCAUCCAGGCCGUCCUGUCUCUCUAUGCCUCCGGUCGCACAACUGGUAUCGUGUUGGAUUCCGGUGAUGGUGUUACUCACGUCGUUCCCAUCUACGAGGGUUUCGCCCUUCCUCACGCCAUCUCUCGUGUCGAUAUGGCUGGUCGUGACUUGACCGACUACCUCAUGAAGAUCUUGGCUGAACGAGGCUACACCUUCUCCACCACUGCCGAACGAGAAAUCGUCCGAGACAUCAAGGAGAAACUCUGCUACGUCGCUCUUGACUUCGAGCAAGAAAUUCAGACCGCGUCCCAGAGCUCCAGCUUGGAGAAGUCCUACGAACUUCCCGAUGGUCAGGUCAUCACCAUUGGCAACGAACGAUUCCGAGCCCCUGAAGCUCUAUUCCAGCCAUCUGUUCUGGGUCUCGAAUCCGGAGGUAUCCACGUUACUACCUUCAACUCCAUCAUGAAAUGCGACGUUGAUGUCCGUAAAGACCUGUACGGCAACAUUGUCAUGUCUGGUGGUACUACCAUGUACCCCGGUAUCUCCGACCGUAUGCAGAAGGAAAUCACUGCUCUUGCUCCAUCGUCCAUGAAGGUCAAGAUUAUUGCCCCUCCCGAACGUAAAUACUCUGUCUGGAUCGGUGGUUCCAUCUUGGCAUCCCUGUCAACCUUCCAGCAGAUGUGGAUCUCCAAGCAAGAGUACGAUGAGAGCGGUCCUUCGAUUGUCCACCGCAAGUGCUUCUAA